UACAAACAAGCAUCGGCUCAUAACUUCAUUCACUACGUCAACCAUUCAAUCAAUUCUUUGAGAGAAACUCACAACACAACAAGCCAAGAUGUCAAAGAAGAUCAUGUUGAAAAGCUCUGACGGUGAAUACUUCGAGGUGGAAGAAGCGGUCGCACGUCAAUCACAGACUUUAGCCAAUCUUAUCGAAGACGAUUGCACCGAUGGUGAGAUCCCGCUUACGAACGUCACAAGCGAAAUCCUCGCCAUGGUGGUAGAAUACUGCAAGAAGCAUGUCGUGGUCGAUGGAGGUGAUGAUUCAUCUUCCUCCUCCACUUCCGAGGAGGAUCUCAAGAAGUGGGACGCUGACUUCAUGCAGAUGGAUAAGUCCACUAUGUUUGACCUAAUCUUGGCUGCGAAUUACCUAAACGUUGCAAGCUUGCUUGAU